GUGGUGAGCCAGCUCUCAGCUGUCAGAGAGUGUUCAGUCUGCAGUGGAGGCACAAGCAGGAUCUGUUUCUCUUGUUUGCGUUAUGUGUCGCUGCAGCACUAGUGCAGACAUCAACAUUUAGAGGACUUUCUGUGGCUUUCUGUUUCAGCUACACGAACUGCCAGGAAAAAAAGGAGUUAAAGGAAUUAAACAGCCCCUUAAUCGUGGCUUUUUAUUUUGUUUCUCCUCUUAUUUCCUCCUUCCUGUCCUUUGUUUUCGACCAGCAGAAUCCCCAGCAGCAGAGAAGAAGCAGGGUAUCAUCACAACAACAGCUUCUGAAGACAUCGUGGGAAUAACUAACCUGCAAGCCUAAUGCGAAAUACCACGACUAGUCCUCUGUGGAUCUGCAGUGUGUGAGUGUGUUCGUAUCCCUGCCAGAUAGGGCCCCCACCACAUUGUGUGUGCGUGCGUUAGGAGGCUAAUGCCCACGGUAGUGUGGUCAGAGCCAGAGGAGGAUGGGUCCGGCUGUGGAGGCUCAGGCCCAGAAGGCCAUGGAUGCAGAGCAAAAGCAGCAGCUGCAGCACCAGCUGCAGCACCAGCAGUGCUACAUGCAGAAAGGGGUGAUGCUUGAGCCCUUCGUACACCAGGUGGGGGGACAUUGCUGCGUCCUGCGCUUCGGGGAACAGACCAUCUGCAAGCCCCUCAUCCCACGCGAACAUCAGUUCUACAAGAGCCUGCCUGCUGCAAUGAGGAAGUUUACCCCCCAGUAUAGAGGUGUGGUGUCUGUGAGCUUCGAGGAAGAUGAAGAAGGGAAUCUUUGUCUCAUCGCUUACCCCCUACAGAGUGACCCAGCAGCAGAUCUGGAGAACAAGGACCCCCUGGCAGACUGUGAGUCCAAAAGUGAGAUGCUCAUGUGGGGGAAAACGAUGGCAUCUUCACUGCUCGUGGAAAGCGAAAAUUACAGCAAAGACGGCAGAAGCCGGCACUCCCGUAAAGACAAGGACAAAAGCGUUCAGAAGCUUCAGGAGGACGUGGAGCUGGAGUGGCUGCGGCAGGCCGAAGUGCUGUACUAUAGACUGGAGUGCAGUCACAGUAAUCCUGUACCGCAGCUCAAACACAACCCCUGGAGCCUCAAGUGUCAACAGCAGCACCUGCAGAAAAUGAAGGAGAAUGCCAAGCACCGCAACCAGUACAAAUUCAUCCUGUUGGAGAACCUGACGUGGCGACACACAAUGCCGUGUGUGUUAGACCUGAAGAUGGGCACGCAGCAGCACGGAGACGAUGCCUCGGAAGAGAAGAAAGCCGUGAAGAUCCGCAAGUGCCAGCAGAGCACGGCAUCCACGAUAGGAGUCUGUCUCUCAGGCAUGCAGGUGUAUCGGUCUGACACAGGCCAGCUGAUGUUCAUGAGCAAGUUCCAUGGCCGCAGGCUGACCCUGCCAGACUUCAAGGAGGCUUUGUUCCAGUUCUUUCACAGCGGACGCCGUCUACGACGUGAACUCUUCUCUCCGGUGCUGCGCAGGCUCAGAGAAAUGCAAGCUGCCCUGGAAGCCUGUGAAUCCUAUCGCUUCUACUCUAGCUCCCUCCUCAUCAUCUACGACGGAGCAUCCCACCGAAAACACACACGCCAACACACUGAGGACGGCCUCUCGGAAGAAGAAGAUGAUGAUGAUGAGGAGGAUGAGGAGGUGGAGGCUGAACCAGAAAUGGAGGAAGAGGAGGAGGAGGAGGAGGAGGAGGUGGGUGAAGUAGCAGGUGCACUUGAUUUCCCUCACAGCCCCUCCACCUCUAGCGAUGGCUGCAGCAGCAGCGGGAGCUCUGCUGUCAGCCAGGCCUGUUUGUCGCGCUCAGACCACCGCAGCCCCGCGGUGGAUGUGAGGAUGAUAGAUUUUGCCCACACCACCUGUAGACAUUUCCAGGGAGACAGCGUGGUGUACGAGGGCCUGGACAGUGGUUACCUCUUUGGUCUCCAGAACUUGAUCACCAUCAUCUCUGAGCUGGAGAACCACAGCACAGACUGAAGAUUGACACUCUCUGACCUUUGGAAGAAAAGAGGAGGACAGGACUACAGAAGGAGAGAGAGAUUUCUCCUCUCCCCUUUUAAAUUUACACCUUGCUGUAGCUGGCCUUUCAUUGGACGCCGUCCCUGUUUCUGCCAUUGGUACUUCUCGAUGUUCCUGUUGUGUGUUUCCGUCUUCGGGAUAAGAAACAGACGUUCACGUAACAUAUAAGAGCCAUGUGUGUGACUGAUGCAGUGAUUUACCCAUUGCCAUCAUUCUGUUUAACCAAGUUCACCGUUAGGACAAGAAAAGGGGGAGGCAGCAAAUAAAAGCAGUUUGAAGUCUUGAGAUAGUGGAGAUGUUUUCCUUGUGUCCGAUUCCAAAGAAAGUAUCAGCAUUUUGCACGCACAAACAUGCACUGAAACACAUUCUGUUGAACAAGUGUGUGUUUACACUGAGAAAGGGCUUACGUGAGAGAGCAGGAGUUGUAUAUGUGCGAGGACAGGAGUCGCGGAGGAAGGAGAGGAAGCGCGCUCACGCCCUGAGUUCUUCUCUUUUGCCUGUUCAGUCUGCCAUCCUUCUUUCCCUGUUCAUCUUCAUCAAAGAGACUAUAUUCAUAAGAGACAGAAGAUAUAGAGUUAUUUCUUUAUUUGACAUGUUUCAUAAAAUAAACUAAAAGUUCAAAAAAGAAUGUGAACGGAGAUUACUACAUUCCAUGUUAUUAAUGUUAUAAUAAUGAUAUAAAUUAAUAUUGUUAUUUGACAUGUUUGGAUACCUCUAUCUUGUAUGUAUGUGUUGUCCACAGUUUGUUGGGGGGGAUUAAAGAGGUUUGUGCUAA